AUGGCUCAGAAUGCCUACACCAAGAUAUGCACAGACAUCAACACCCAGCUCUUCCGCAGGCUAGAGCGAGCAGAUGAUGUCCGGCACCAAUUUGCGCCAAACGGAACAGCUGCUGCUGUUCUACAUCGGAGCAACCUUGCCCUUUGGUUCCGCAGUCUGGACGAUGAUGAACUGGGCAUCGAUGAGGCGACAUUCAUCCAGAGGAUCCAGUCCCGCAAGCUCUAUGAGUUCUUGGCCAUACUGAUCUUCGCCACAAAUCCAUUGGAGGCCGCAAAGCGAUUCGUCUUGCAACUGGUCGCCGUAGAGGAAUGGCCCGUCACUUUUCCAGGACACCAAACGAAUGAACACCUGGCCAGCCUUCCAGCAACGAGACCGCAGCUAAGCUUCCUUUUCGCAAAUGAGUUCCACGCCUACCAGUUCUAUAGCACCCAAGCCACAUUCUGUGCUAUUGUGUUACAGCGUAGGGCCGAGGUCCUUGUUGAUCACCCAGAACGACAACGACUGCCUUAUCUCCUCGAGCAGCCUGUCGCUGAAGGCUCAUUUGGAAAAGUCUUCAAGGUUCGCAUCGCCAGUGGCCAUUUUUAUGACCCAUCAUCACAGACUAGCGCACGGUACAACACUGAGCCACUAGAACUUGCUCGCAAGGACUAUCUGGUCUCGUCCGAGUUCCGAGCCGAGGAUGAGAGAGACAUCAUGGACCAGAUUCUCGGAUCUUACUCGCGCAAGCCCGAGAAUAUCCUAGAGAACUUCGGCAGUCUCAACAUUGCACACUCCACGUACAGCCUGUUCAUGCCAUUGGCCAUCUGCGAUCUGAGAGCGUAUAUGAUGGAUCUUCACAAGACACAACCAACCUCAAUCGAGGCGAAAUCCAAAUUCAUCCUCUCUGCCGUUGGACUUGCCGAAGGGCUCAGCUUCUUGCAUAAUGAUAUCCAGACUCCUGAUCUUGAGGAGCUGGUCUGUUACCACAUGGAUCUGAAACCGGAUAAUAUCCUCAUCUUCUUCGAAAAUGGCCGCUAUGUUUGGAAGCUGAGUGACUUUGGGAUGGCGCGGAUUAAAUUCCGGCAUCGCACAGGCCAGCACCGGGAAGAAGAAAAAGACUUCAACAGCUGGUUCGUGCGACGAAUGAGACCAAACCGGGAGCCGUCGACAGAUGGCACGGUGAAUCGCCGUGGCGAAGGUACUUACCUCGCACCUGAGUCGCUGUCUGCAAACCCAAACAUGAACACGUCGAGCGACGUUUGGUCGCUAGGAUGCGUGCUAAGCGUGCUUUUCACGUAUCUGGAUGGUGGCCACGAAGGUAUCGUUUCGUAUCAAAGAGCACGCAUGAAACACUCACAGGCGAAUGGCUAUGACCGUUUCUUCAUUGCAAACACCGGGUUCAGAGCAAACCAGGUGCACCCCGAGGUCGAUAAAUGGCAUCACAAGCUGAUCAAGUCGGCAAAACUGAGAAGCUUGCAAGAGUCACAGGGCGUCAGCUACGCAUUGAAGCAGCUCGAGACGGCAGUUUUCAGAGUGGACCCCCGAGAUCGUAGAUCCGCCAGAGAUAUUGUGGCCAUCCUCAGAUACACAUACAGGCUCAUGAACCGUUCAGAAGAGAAUUCUACUGCCAGGAAUAGCCACGAAACAAACACAAUGAAGGCUCAAUUGAGAGGAAUGACGACAAGACUACGAAGUUCCAAGAAGACAACACACCUAUCGCAGAGGGCCCAUGGAUGGCGCCAGGAGAAACUUGAGAAUUACAAGGGUUGUGCGAUUUCCCCUGACGGAACUCUUAUCGCAUACUGGACCGACCUGAAGAUCUCGCUCUUCACAUCACAGUCUCUUUCACCCGCAAACGAAGACUCUGUCACCCCGUCCGCCGAAUACACGCUCCAGUCACAGCAGUACCUCUGGAGCAGUGUCAGCCUGGCAGAAAAUUGGCUGAUAGCGUCGACCAGCGGGGCCAACUUCCAGUGCUACAUUUUCGAUCUCGAAGGGGGGACUUCGGUUGAUGUCAGUCUUGAGCGCUGGGUGCGACUGUCUUUACCAGAAGUACCAGAGAUCCAAAAAGUGGCCAUCACACAGGAUGCCCAGAGAGUGGUUUGCUCCUUGCGCCACUGGACCGACGACCGCAGCCCUGGGGCAAUAUUUCAUGCGCGGAUCUCCGACCUGCGUAGAUAUUCGCGCGGAAGAGCAUCGGCCCAACUUCCGGAGCCGACAGUGCCUCCUUGGCGCAUUAUAAGUGUCAGCUGGCCUGCGUCCGACAUCACGGAGCUUGUUCCGUCUUCAAACCAGGACAUCUACAUGGUUGUCCAACCCGAGUUGACUUACCGCACGCAAGAACACCGCGUCUCCAUCGUGUGCCUAUCUCUGCAAACAGAGACCUACGAUACCCUCAACAUCGAGGCCCAGGGCCUCGAUACUAGUAACACAGUCACAUUGUUCACCACGUUUGCUGUUUUCCACCGGCCCCGGGCAGUUGCAAUCGUCAGUCGCGAGAAGAGGCUCCUCGUCCAACAGAUGACCGAGAUUGGGCCUUCGCCGCACGGAACUCCCAAUCCCGACAAUCAACGACCGCGUCCACAGGGAGGGGGAGCCCAGGGACUUGUUCCUCCGUCUUUGUCCGAUCGGAGGCCCAGUGAUCAAAGCAGUCAUUCCGGAAAUCCACCAACUCUUGCUCGAGCCUUGACAUCGUUGACCACCGGACCGCCCCCUCAGGUUUAUGAGAUACAACGGGAGAUAUCACGCUAUCGGAUCCGUCGACUCAUCAUGUCCUUUGACGAUCGCAAGUUCUACUGCAUUGGCACAGCAAUCGCAAGUCACAAGCUCCUCGUAUUCUCUAUAGAUGUCCCAGCCACAGCGGGAGAUGAGCUCAAGGUCACCGAGCUCGCACAGCUCGGCGACUUGGGCUACGACGAUGAAUUCACGGCGCAGCUUGCGGAAAGGGACAGCGUUGCAGGACACGCACUCAGACCGGGCGAGAUUGAGGACGACCCAAAUGGAUCUGAUGACGAUGAUGAGGGUGAUGGUGAUGGCCUCGAGUCAGGGACGUACUUGCUGGUGGCCGCGCUCGUCGGGCGUGGCAGGAGAGCGAUCUAUCGUGUACCGAUAAGCACCACCAUCGGCCACCACCCAAACACGACAUCGCGCGGUGCUGACCAGAGAAGUGGCCGUGCUGGGACGGGGAGGCGGGGGACUUCUCUGUCUCACAUGGCUGGUGCUGGGCUGGGCUUGUUUCGGUGA